AGGCGCACAGGCGCACUUGCAGACUGCCGGGAGCCUCGGGCCUGUGGGCCCUUGGCGGCCCAGGAGCCGUGUUUUUGGGUCAGAGCGCGGCGGUGAUGGCUGCGGUUGUGGGCCAGCCCACCCGCUCCAGCUGAUCUGUCAGUGCCACCGGCACACGGACGCGGAAAUGCGGCCGUCGCCGCCCGGCUGGCUCCUCCUGUCGCUGAGCCUGCUCCGGAGCUCUGUCUGCACUGCCGCAGAAACGGCGGCGGAGGCCGACGCCACCGCAGGUGCUCUGAAUGUCCUUCUCAUCAUCGUGGAUGAUCUGCGCCCCUCCCUGGGCUGUUAUGGAGAUAACAUAGUGAAGUCUCCAAACAUCGACCAGCUAGCAUCUCACAGCCUCCUCUUCCAGAAUGCCUUUGCCCAGCAAGCAGUGUGUGCCCCAAGUCGUGUGUCCUUCCUCACUGGGCGGAGGCCUGACACCACUCGCCUGUAUGACUUCAACUCCUACUGGAGAGAGCAUUCAGGAAACUUCUCUACCAUCCCCCAGUACUUCAAGGAGAAUGGCUACGUGACCAUGUCGGUUGGGAAAGUCUUUCACCCUGGUAUAUCUUCCAAUCAUAGUGAUGACUCUCCGUAUAGCUGGUCUUUUCCACCUUACCAUCCCUCCUCAGAGAAGUAUGAAAACACUAAGACAUGUAGGGGACAAGAUGGAGAACUCCACGCCAACCUGCUUUGCCCUGUGGAUGUGGAAGAUGUACCAGAGGGUACCUUGCCCGACAUACAGAGUACUGAAGAAGCCAUACGAUUAUUGAAAAAGAUGAAAGCACUAGCCAGUCCUUUCUUCCUGGCUGUUGGGUAUCAUAAGCCACACAUCCCCUUCAGAUAUCCUAAGGAAUUUCAGAAGUUAUAUCCCUUGGAGAACAUUACCUUGGCUCCUGAUCCCCAAAUCCCUGAUGGCCUGCCUCCUGUGGCCUACAACCCUUGGAUGGACAUUAGGGAGCGGGAAGAUGUCCAAGCAUUAAAUAUCAGUGUGCCCUAUGGCCCAGUUCCUGUGGACUUUCAGCGGAAAAUACGCCAGAGCUACUUUGCCUCUGUAUCCUAUUUGGAUACACAGGUUGGCCAUCUUUUGGGUGCUUUGGAUGAUCUUGAGCUGGCCAACAGAACAAUCAUUGCAUUUAUGUCUGAUCAUGGGUGGUCCCUAGGGGAACAUGGAGAAUGGGCCAAAUACAGCAAUUUUGACGUCACUACUCGUGUGCCUCUGAUGUUCUAUGCUCCAGGCAAGACGGCUUCACUUCCAGAAGCAGGCGAGAAACUCUUCCCUUAUCGUGACCCUUUUGAUCCUGCCUCAGAGUUGGUGGCUCCAGGCAGGCAAAGCAGAGACCUUGUGGAACUCAUGUCUCUCUUCCCUACACUGGCCGGACUCGCAGGACUGCAAGUUCCUCCUCGAUGCCCCAUUCCUUCAUUUCAUGUUGAGCUGUGCAGAGAAGGCCAGAAUCUUCUGAAUCAUUUUCGAUUCCAUGGCGUGGAAGAGGAUCCAUACCUCCAUAGUAAUCCCUAUGAGUCAAUUGCCUACAGCCAGUAUCCCCGGCCUGCCGAUUCCCCUCAAUGGAAUUCUGACAAGCCAAGUUUAAAAGAUAUAAAGAUCAUGGGCUACUCCAUACGCACCGUAGACUAUAGGUAUACUGUGUGGGUUGGCUUCAGUCCUGAUGAAUUUCUGGCUAACUUUACUGACAUCCAUGCAGGGGAAUUGUAUUUUGUGGAUUCUGACCCAUUACAGGAUCACAAUGUGUAUAAUGACUCCCAACAUAGAGAAUUUCUCCAGUCAUUGAUGCCUUGAGUUUUAUCAGCCACAGAGGGCAAAUAAAAUAUGUUCCCCUUGAGGGGACAGAUGAUUAUUUUGUCAAUACUCAUAAUAUUGGAUGCAACCUAACAGUUUGGCUUAUGUGACAAGCCUUUUCAUUUUGCCUUUAUUCAUUUGAAAUUAGUAGUUGGAUGAGGACUUGGUUGAAACACUCCUUUUCCUUUUUAAAGUAGUUAUAGCUUAGUCAUUUGUUAACAAACCAAAGUUCUGUCUUAAAAUAUCAAGACCAUGAUAAUAGAACAUAAUAUUAUACUCAAGAAAUUGUCUAAUCUAUUUCAGAAAGUAACCAUAUGUCAAAUUAGGAUUGACUUUAAGUUCCUGGUUAUUUUGUUUAUCAUUUAGUAAUACAUACAUCUUAGGUAGGCCAAUAUAUUCAAAAUAUCUUGACACAAAAUUAUAUUUCUUUUCCAAACAUGAAGUUAAAUGAUAAUUCUAAGAGCCACAGAUUUCAAAAUCUAAAGAUAAAAUAUGAUGAAAUGAUCAAUGUGUUACUUCAUCAAAUAAUAAAUGAUGCUCAGUGCCAUAGAGAUAUGAGGUAAUAUGGGAAGUUCAUAUUAAAAAUUUUCAGAUACAUUUCAAUAAUUUGACACCAAAAAUGUCCCUUGAACUCAAUGGCCAUCUAUUAGGUCUGUUAUUCACAAUGAAAAACAUUAAAAAUGUAACUCUAUCUAUGGUUGAGGUUAUGCAAAUUCAUAUUAAUGUUCUCGUUUAUGGAUUAUUAAUUAUAGACAUCAAUUUAUUCAGAAACAAAAUAUUCUCCUUUUAAUCGCUAAUUAAAGCAUUUUAUUAAAGUUUAAAGUGUGUAAACUUUAUUAGCACAAUAUUAGGUAAUUUUCAUUUGUGUAUUUCCUAAUUAUGAAAAUAUUCAGAAAGGCAGCUUUUAGUAAUAAGCUUAAUUCAAAUCAUGUUAAAGUAAUAGAAUAUUUA